CUUCUCCCCCGUGUAUAAGAGAGUCGUCGGCCCUUCCUCUUUCUCGAGUUGGAAUUCUCUGAGCUCUCUGCAACCCUCUGCGGAUCGUUUUCCGAUCAUUUUCUCUCUGUUGUUCUUCCUGCUUUUCUCUCUCUAGACGAAGAAAAUGUCGCUCAUUCCGAGCUUCUUCGGGCGCCGCAGCAACGUAUUCGACCCCUUCUCCCUCGACGUCUGGGAUCCGUUCGAGGGCUUCCCCUUCAACAACAACCGGCCUCUCGCCGACCUGCGCUCCUCUUUCCUGGGCGGCGGGGAGAUGUCCGCCUUCGUCAACGCCAAGGUCGACUGGAAGGAGACGCCUGAGGCCCACGUCUUCAAGGCCGAUCUCCCCGGGAUGAGGAAGGAGGAGGUCAAGGUCGAGAUCGAGGAAGGCAGCGUGCUUCAGAUUAGCGGCCGCAGGAACAAGGAGGUCGAGGAGAAGAACGACCAGUGGCACCGCGUGGAGCGGAGCAGCGGGGAGUUUCUCAGGCGGUUCCGGCUGCCGGAGAACGCCAAGGUCGAUCAGGUGAAGGCCGCGAUGGAGAACGGCGUGCUCACGGUGACCGUGCCCAAGGUGGAGCCCAAGAAGCCCAACGUCAGGUCCAUUGACAUCUCCGGCUGAGGCGUUAAUGUGGGUUUUGAAAUUUUCGUGUGAGAAUGGAAUUUCUCUUUUAGAUGUGGCUGAUCUUCUGGAUUUCUGCCGUCUGUUUUCUUUCUAGUGUCGGUUGCACUCGAGUCUGCGUUCUUGAUUUCCCCUGCGUUGUUCUUGUCUCUCUUGUACCUAGUAGGAUCUUGUUGUCUGUAUAUGCUCAGGAUGUUUGGGAGACAUGAAUAAAAGAAUGGAUAUCUAGUUUUGGACUAA